AUUUAAUUUCUGACCAUAUAAAACGAUUUCUUCUGUUUUAAAGUGUGAAGUAAACUCCGACGAAGUAAAAUCCAAGCGGAUCCCGUUCAUGUUCAGGGUUACAUCCGUGUUUGUUUACCUUUUUUGCAUGCCAAAAUGGCAUCCACUAACUGAGAGUCACGUGGGGUCCGGAGCUCUAUAGAAAAGGUCUUUUCUUCUUUCUUCUUCUUUCUAUGAUGGAUUGGAGAGAGACAAGUCCAGAGAGUGUCCCCCACCUCUCACUUAUGACUGCUGCAGAUUGACACGAAUUCCCUGUGACCCUAGUGAGGACACAACAGCCUAGAAGACGAGGGAAGGUUAACUGCACCUUUCUGAGAACAAAGUGACGUAAAACCCUGACUCAUUCGAUGCAAAUGGUUAAUGGAAAUGCCUUAGAAAGAGAAUGAAGACCUUGAGAUGGAAAAGCUCAUCGACCAGGAGAUUAACCCUUACGUGGACAAGUGGGAAGCAGAGAGAACGUUUCCAGCGCACAAAAUAUUCAAGAUCUUGGGAAACGCUGGUUUUCUGGGAGUCAGCAAACCAGUUGAGUUUGGAGGUUUGGGACUGGACUUCAGCUACAGCGUGGCCGUGGCCGAGGAGCUGGGAAACAUCCGCUGUGGGGGCAUCCCCAUGGCCAUCGGAGUCCAGUCUGACAUGGCCACUCCAGCCCUGGCCAGGUUUGGUUCAGACCAGCUAAAGAAAGAGUUCCUGCUGCCUUCCAUCUUGGGGGACAAAGUGGCCUGUCUUGGUGUUAGUGAAGUCGGAGCAGGCUCUGAUGUCUCAAGUAUCAUGACCAAGGCAGUGAGGAAAGGGGAUGAAUAUGUGAUAAAUGGAGGAAAGAUGUGGACCACCAACGGUACCCAGGCUGACUGGAUGUGCCUCCUUGCCAACACCAGUGAUGGACCUCCUCACAAGAACAAAUCUCUCAUCUGUUUGCCCAUGAACCUGCCAGGAGUUCACAUUGCCAGGAAGAUUGAUAAAAUGGGGAUGUGGUCAUCGGACACAGCUGAAGUGUUCUUUGAUGACGUCCACGUGCCGUGUAAGAACGUCAUCGGCCAGGAAGGUCUGGGCUUCACCUACCAGAUGCUUCAGUUCCAGGAAGAGCGGCUCUGGGCCGUGGCCAACGUCCUCACCACGAUGGACAGCAUCAUUCAGGAGACCAUCGGAUACACGCGGCAGAGGAAGAUCUUCAAGCAGCCUGUUCUUUAUCACCAGACGGUCCACUUCAGGCUAGCCGAGCUGCAGACGGAGGUCGAGCUGCUCCGCUCUCUCCUCUACCGUGCCACAGCGAUGUACAUUAAAGGGAACGAUGUCACCAAGCUAGCAUCCAUGGCCAAACUGAAGGCUGGGCGCCUGGCGAGAGAGCUGAGCGACAGCUGUCUGCAGUUCUGGGGAGGGAUGGGCUACACCAGCGAUGUGCUGGUCAGCAGGUUCUACAGGGACUCCAGGUUAAUAUCGAUCGGUGCAGGUGCUGACGAGGUGAUGCUGGGGAUCAUCUGCAAAUACAUGGAUACUCUUCCCAAGAAGUAACGCCCACCAGCUGCUCCUGUUAUGUCAUAAUCAUCAUUAAAAGCAUACUGAUCAUUUAAAAGAAAAAAAGCCUAAUGAAGUGCAAUUCAGCCAUGUGUGAACUUAGAAUUUUGAUUUUGAUCAUGUUUGCUAUUCAGAUGAAUCUAAGCAUUUUUUGUUAGUUUUGUUCAGUAGUUAAUAAUCCAUUUUAGAAAAAUAACCAUAUUUUUUUAGAAAAUAAAACAAAUUAUGUGAAUGAAGCAA